AUGCCAGUGUUGCGCUCGCCACAGAUCGUGGCGAAGAGACCAGCGGCGCCUAAUGUGCCGAGCCGACAGCCAGAUGUCGCAAGAACGCCGUCUCAAGUGAGCAAACAACACGCGCGUCUGGACGAAGUCUCGCCUGCUCAAGCGACCUUCCGACCGGUACAGCAUUCUCCAAAGCAGAGCAGCCUCGCAAUCGAAGCGACUACCACCGCGCUAUGCGACUCAAGUGGACCGGCACCCGCAGUGGUGACAAGUCGUUUGUCAGCGGCAAACAUGGAGCCAGAAGAGUAUCAAUGGAGUCCUCUCGGCUCAGUCGGCGCCCGUGCACCAGCUCGCCUUGGCAAUACUCAUCCCGCAUCUUGGCCUCGAUCACUGGCACGCACUACGUCGAUCACAAGUCAGCUAGCCGGGCACAAUGUGACGCCUUCUGACGACGACGACGACGACGACGACGACGAUACUGUGAUUGAUGAAGGCGUUGCACGUCCCGAGCCAUCGAAAACGCGAGUGCCGGUAGCGGCAGCAGACUCAGCGCCGUCAGCGUAUCCUAGCGUGAUGCGUUCACCCAUUCCUCUGCCAUCUCCGCUUCUUGCCACUUCGGCCCCUUCUGAAAUCCAACCGCUUACGAGUGCGCCUAUCCCAGAUAUACGUCACUCGCCAAUGGCAGAAGCAGCGAGCGGACUAGAAGGCUCCCUGGCGCUCGAGGUUAGCAGACUCACACAGGAGCUGUUGCAAGAGCGGGAAACGUCAAAGUCUCUGCAAUCAGAUGCAGCGCAAAGAUGUGCCUCGAUGCGCAAUGAGCUUGCAGCGUCGAUUUCUUCACUCAGCGAAGCUCGGCAAGCCCUGGCCCAUAGUCAGGAAGAGGCACGGCGUUGCCGUGAGGAGAUUGCUCAGCGUGAGUAUCUGACUUCGCUAGAUGCGAGCACGUCGACAACUUCUCAAGCGCUAGCAAGGACACGCGCAGCAGAGCAGGCGCUUUGGCAAGCGGAGAAACGCGACUUUCUGUCAGAGCUGAACGCUAUCAAAUCGGCAAUGCAAAGUAUGACAAUGCGGUGCGCUGCUGCCGAGGAGACAAUAUCCCGUCUUCGGAAGCGCGAGACCAGAAGAGACAAGGAAUUUGCCGCCUAUCGAGCAGAGAUGCGCUUUUCACACGCGAGAAACAUUGAAGAGACACGUCGGACUGCCAAGCUGGAGCUCAGUGGCGCGCGAUUCGAUUCGUGGCGAGGCGAACAAAGACUCCGGACGUCGUGUCAGGAGCUCUCGACUUUGCAAGCCAAGCUUGAGCGGUCUCACGAUGCGCAGGCUCAUCUGCAGGCUGAUCUCGAAUCUUUGCGACUCGACGCAGCAUCGCAGGCGAGCAAGGCGGAGACCUUUCAGGACCAGCUUUCAUUGGACAUUAAGAUAUCAAAAGAUGCCGUCAAAGAGCUCAAGGCAAGACUCAAAGAGCGCGAUAUGCAAGUCAAAGAGCGGGAUGCAAGCCUCAGUGAAGCGGCUCGUGUACAAGAGGCCUUGCGGGCAGACCUGGAUAGGCGAUCGCACCCGGCAGAGACCGACAAGGAAGAUAGAGAGGAAGCAUUGCAGAGCAAGAUUGACGCCUCGCAAGACCUGCUGGAUGCACAAAAUCUUCGGAUUAUGCAGCUCAGCCAGCAAAGUCCUGCACCCCCAUUCUCUAAUCCGACAAUUCCGGCUGACAUCCGUACGGGCAUCGUAGGCUCCAGUUUAUCCAUGAGAGAAAGCACAGAGGCGAUCUGUAUGUCUCGUGCGAAGGAGCAGAGCAACCAAAUGUCUGCGUAUGCCUCAACGAAACGGCCAAAUAGCGGCAAGUCAAAAUCCAAGGCGCUGGCAGAGCGCAAGGACUUUGAUGCCAAUAUCAGCGCUUCAGCACAUACAACGGACCACAAGGCGCCCACAGCUAUCGUUAGGGAUACAGGACCUGCCAAAUAUGCCGUGCGCAAGAAGAUCAAGCUCAGUAAAAGUGCGUCUGAGCGCAAGUACGACUGGGAGCAGCCAGACGCCGAUUAUUUUGAUAUUCCGGCAAGCCUCAGUCCGGUCAAGACGACCUCGGCGGCAGCGAGUCGCAAAGCUUAUGGCUUUUCUUUUUAA